AUGGCGGAGCCGCGGCGGAGCUGGAGGUGGCGAUACGAGGUAAAAAAAGGCUCGAAACGGGCUGAAAAUGGCGGGUUUGGGGGACGCUCGGGUUGGUCCUUCAGCGGCCUUCCGCUCAGGCCACGCCCCCUUGCGCGCGGCGCCGCCUCCCUGUGCGAGCGCAUCCGGGGCGACUCCUCCCACAAUUCUUUGCGGCGCCCUCGACCUCUCCCGCCGCCCCCGCCGGGGUCUCCGGUCGCCAUGGAGACGGGAGGGGCAGGACCCUCUGACCCCAUCGAGGUCGAGGUCAAGUUCGCAGUGGGGCCCGAGAUGGAGGCGGCACUGGCGGCACUGCUGACUGGGGGGCUGCCCCACACUCUGCCCCACAUGCUGCCCCCCAGCCCCCCCUUCCGCGACUGCUACUUUGAUGGCCCCGGCGCCCCCCUAGGCUUGCGGGACGUGUGGCUGCGGUACCGGCAGGGACAGGGCUGGCAGCUCAAGCUGCCCCAUAGUGACCCACACAGGACUGGCAGUGACCCACAAGUGAGCAACAGCAACCCACAAGUGGCAGAGAUUGACCCACAGGUGGCUGGGAGCACUCCACAAGUGAGCAACAGCAACCUACAAGUCACUGGAAGUGACCUACAAGUGACUGAGGGUGACCUUGAAGUGACGCACAGCGACCCACAAGUGACUGGGAGUAACCCACAAGUGGCUGAGAGUGACCCACACGUGACUGACAGUGACCUACCAGUGGCUGAGAGUGAUGCACAGGUGAGCCAGAGUGACCUGCAGCCCCAUAGCGACCCACAAAGGACCCACAGUGACCUACAAGUGGCUGACAGUGACAUACAAGUGACCUACGGCAACCCCCAAGUGGCUGAGAGUGACCUACAAGUGACUGAGAUUGACCCACAAGUGACCCAGAGUGACCUACAAGUGAUUAAUGAAGAUGCACAAGUGACCUGCAGUGAUCCACAGCUUCCCCACAGCAACCGUGAGCCCCCGCAGAACCCCCCCAAACCCCAUAGUGACCCCCAACUGCCCCAUAAACCCCCUGAGCUGCCCCAUAGUGACCACCAAGCCCCCCAGAGUCCCCCCAAUCCACCCCAUACUAACCCUCAACUGCCUCAUACUGACCCCCAAGUGCCCCAUAACCCCCUUGAGCUGCCCCGUAUCCCCUCCAAACCACCCUAUACUGACAUCCAAAUGCCCCAUAGCAACACCAAGCCAUCCCAUAACAACUCCAGACUGCCCCAUAGUGACCCCCAAGUGGCCCAUAUUGAUCCCAAAUCCCCCUACAGUGACCCCCAAGUGCCCCAUACCACCCCCAGACCACCACAUACUGACCCCCAAGUGCCCUAUACUGACCCCAAACUGCCCCAUGACCUCCCCAGAUCACCUCAUAGUGCCCCGCAAGUCUCCCAUAAUCCCCCCAAACCACCUCAUACUGAGCCCCAACCACCCCUUAUUUCCCCCCAACCGCCCCACGUCUCCCCUCAAGUGCCCCAUAGCGCUGCUCUCAUGCCGCCCAGCACCGCGUACCGUGAGCUGUGGGGUGACCAGCAGGUCCUGCCCGUGCUCUGCUCCAUCCUGGGGGUCCCGUCAUGUCCGUGGGGCAGUGUGAGCGCCGCCCUGCGUCCCCUGGGCCUGCGCCCCACGGCGUCCUUCGUCACGUGGCGCCGGGGGGCAGGGCUGGGGGCAGGGCUGAGGGUGGAGCUGGACCAGACGGACUUUGGGUAUGGGCUGGGUGAGCUGGAGCAGCUGGUGGGGACCCCGGAGGACGUCCCGGCAGCCAGAGACACCGUGGAGGGGCUGUGCAGGGCGCUGGGUCCCUGCCCCCUCGGCGCCACUGACUGCGGCUCCCUGCCCACGUCCCACAGGCCGGACACCAUUUUGUGCUGCUUCUUCCUCCCUCUCCUCACAUUCUGCAUCUUCCUCAGCUUGAUUCUCCAGCCACCAUCUCCAGCCACCCCUUCCCCUGUCCCCGGGUGGAGGACAGGCGAGAGACUGGAGCCACAGCAGAGAAAGGGAGGAAAGGACAGACAGACACAGACAGACGGGCCUGAGCUCCACAACUUGCCUGGCCGUGCACUGAGCAGAGCUCUGGUUGAUACAAGCGUCCAUGGGCACAGAUCCCAGCAAUUCCAGUUCCUGUGGUUCAGUAUCUGCUUCUGGGAGGCGAUUGAUCCAAAGUGCUGUGUUGGUAUUAUUACAGUUCGUUGCAAUGCUUCUGCACCAACCACUGUUUUGAAACGGUUGUGUGAUGCUGCUGUAGUCAUCAAGGGGGAUGCCAACCAAGCAAGUGUGGAACGAGUUUUCUGGAGAUGCCAUAGCCAGGCAUAUGGAGUCCUGGCCAGUCAUGUUGGCUAAAGUACUCCACAUGUUAAUCUUUGAUUGAGAGGGAAACCAAAAAGCAUUGCUUAUGUCCAACAAUACUAGGACAAUGUUUAUUACACAUUGUGUAAUACCCACAACGUCGUUGAAAUGCUGUACAGAUGAUCAGAGAGGCUAUGUUAUGUUGUCCCAAAGGGUUGGGACUAGUCAAUUUUGGAUCACUCCCCGUUGUUGUCGUCUAGCUGUAUGUCAGGUAGCAAAUCAGUUUCACCACCAGGUGCCGCUUCUGUUUCUUCAGCUGUUUGUUUGAGCUUCUUCAGGAACCGUCUGACACAACAUGCGGCACCCACUGCGAACCUUGUUCUGUAACAACACAAACAUAACCUCGACCCCAUGUUAUCAAUUGAUGUGGCCCUUCCUAUUGACCGUUAAGUAGUGAUUUGACCAUAACUAAUUUAGGUUCUAUCAGAUUGAGCACGGUUUUGGGCCAUACUUGCAAAGUGUUUCAUCACGGGGAAUUUGGGCUGCAUCACUUAGAUAUAAGUGAUUCAUCACGUACAGUGCUUUUGACAAUCAGUUUGGGGGUGUUUUCCCUACUUCUCCCCCACCUCCCCUUUUUUAUUUUUAAAUAAAAUAAAAUAAAAAAACAGUUCAGAAUCAGAUACUUGUGUUGGACCUUGACUACGUACUCAGAAUCACUAUUCAAAUUCAGAGGUUCCUCCUUAAAAAGCUCUAAGUAAUGUAAAGCUGCAUCAAGUUCUGCUAAUUGGGUUGAACCUUCAAUAAUUUGUACAGAAUGAUGCCAAUCGUUAUCUUCACACCAGACCACUACAGCUUUAUGAGACUGCCCAGAACCAUCAACAAAAACCGUGCGAGCGUGUAGGAUCAGACCAAAUACAAGUAUGGUCUGUGACCUGAUGUUAAAGACUUGCAGGUUCUGCAGCAAUUUACAUUUAUGCAUGCCAAAAGCUGUGCUGUUAAGAAAACCAGCUAGUGCAAUUUACAAGAAUAUACAAAUAAAAAAAAUCAAAAUUAGAUUUCACAAAUGGUACGUAUCUGACAAAGGAUCAUGGCCUAUUAAAACUUAAAUUCAUUCCCUGCAUUGUUUGAUCAGAGUAACAAUUGGUAUAUGAGUCUGUUAGCAUUCUCAUCAUGCUGUCCCACAAUAGCCACAGGUUGUUUCUAUGUUGUAGCUAUAAAUAGACAAACCUGCAAGUCCAAUUGAAUGCAGUCAGCCUGUGAGGUUGCCAUAAAUUUAUUCGCCAAAGUUUCUAACUCCAUUUUUGGCUGUCAUAUUUAUUGGAUAUUGUUUUCCCUUACCAGAUCGAAGUCCUGUUUCAGUUCUAUCCAUGUAGUGUUGCCUUUACCAAUACUUCAGCUGCCAAAUCUAGUGGAAACACAGCAUUCAACAUUUCCUUGGAGUUUUCUGACUUGCACAAGCAGAUCUGCACUAUCCAAGCAGCUUCUUGUGGGACGUGCAACUAAACAGAAUUCUCAGAAAACAUUAUUUGAGCUUACAAUUUACUUAACAAAUCUUGACCCAAGAGAGGUAAAGGGCUUUCUGGUAAAUACGAGAAUUCAGCUGUCAACACUUUGUUCAAAUUUGGCAUUCCACUGGUUUCAAAAACGGCCUUUCUUUCAUUUUCUCCCAUGACCUCAAAAACUAGCACGGUGAAUUUACUAAGAAGUCUCUUACAACCAGUUACCACAGAAUACCACAGUCUAUUAAAUUUCACCCUCAGACUCCUCCAUUCAGUAUUACAGUUCUCUAGCAGCAACAUUGCUGGGGGGAAUGGGGGCCAAUAAAGCCCCACUUUCUCCGCAUUAGCAGUGGGCAGCCCGGUUGUUGUUGGGGGGUUUUUUGGUUGUUGUUUUUUUCUUCUUUGUCUCUUGCUGCAGUUCAGACACAGCCAAGGCCACGCAGGUGGCGUAAUCGCUGGUGCCAAGUGGGAGCUGUCAGACCCUGACAGACUCCUCGGUUACAACGAGCUGAGUUUAUCUUGCAGCUUGACACAGGCCUGAAAUUGAUGUUGAAGCACAAGCCUGGGAUGUUUUGCUUUUUUGUUUUUCCUUUUCGUUCCAGCCAUAAUACACUUUAUAUGCAAUUCCAAGUAGCUCAGCAAUAGUUACAUUCCUUAGCUCCAUUUACCUUUUACAAUUUCUUACAGAAGCCAAUAAACAGCAUGUUAACCAUCUAUCCAUUAUUUUCACUUUCCUAGAUCCAAAUCUGUUCCUAUUCUAGCAGCUUUUAAAUACAACCUCUCCCAAGUUCACAUCCAUCAUAACAUUUCAUUUUCUUUCCCCUGUCUCCAACUAGCACAUAAAUUCAGUGCGAAUCAGAGUUUAACAACUAAAAUUCUUUUCUGGUCUCAAAAUUAUUAGACAACAAUAAGAGCAAAUUAACUUACAGUACUGUACUUCAUCCCGUUUUUUCCAAAGUUCUGCAGAACAACAUUAAUUGCAAUACAGCACUAUAACUCAGACCACAAAGUUACUCUGAUGUGUAAGGAUGCAUUCUAAGUGGGAGCAAGGUGGUACUUUAGUAGCGGAACUGGUUCCCAUUUUGUAAUUAUGUCCCCAAACAAAAUUCUUUUGGUACCAAAUAUAAAUAUGCAAACUAAAAUACUGAGCUCAGAUAUGAAAACUGAACACCAAAUUUAAAUAUGCAGAUGGAUCACAGUUACACUUAUUCAAGACAACAUCUCGAUUUUGGCAUUGCACCUUUGAACCGCUCACUGCUCAGCCGGGUGGAGGCACCGCUGGGUGUCCCUGACAAAACAGGUCAGAGUGGCUGGAGCCCCAUCGGCACCCGCCCCCCCCGCUGCCCUAGCAAGCUGGACUGGGCAACGCUUUUAUUAGGGUCUCAUCUGGUGCGCAACUGUUAUCCCAAAACCAGGAUUCUUUACCUACUGUGCAUACAAAAGAGCCAAGUUCAAUACACCAAGAUGAGACACAGCGUAUCACAGAGUUGCGCAAGUCUGGAUGUUGGAAUAAAACUAGCAUGUUAGAAAGAAAAGUAACAGCUAUUGCACACACGAUUUUAUAACCACAUUCACGCAGUAAAGAACAAAGUUACUCAUGGUCUUCUGUAUUAUCACAAAAAGCACAUUUUGAGUCCAUGGAUUCUCAUGAUUUAACAGUCUGUGAACUUACUGUACCGUAUAACAGACAAAGAUGUAUUAAAACUGUAAUAUGCUUAAACAGAUAUGUACAAAGAAAACUGGUUAAUAAAGAAAACAUCUGUGA